CAGCCACGGGGCUGGGCUUCCUGCCCACAUGUCCACCCACACAGGCUUCAAGCUCAGGUUAUAAAAGUCGUGUCUUUCUGGGAAGCUGGAGACAGAGGCCAGAGAGCAAUCAGGACAGCCCUAUUCUUGGCGAGUUUUGUCAUCCGUAAAACGGGCCUGCUGUCAAUGAUCCCAGACCGUUGUUGUGAGGACUCGAUGACGUGACGAAGCUUGUACAGCUCUCAGCGUGGUGCCUGAGACUCACACAGCGAGGACUCAAGUAGCAGUGGGGCUGGUGUGGAUGAUUCAAGGUCCUGGCAGGGAGGAUGCUGCUGUUCUGGGGGUCACUGCUAUGCUGGGGGCUGCUGCCCCAGGCUCAAGGGCAGGCCCGGCACCUGCUCUUCCUGCGGGUCAGCAAGGAUCAGCUGGAGACAGAUAUUUCAGACCUGUUCUCGGAACAGCGCAUCCUGGACCACGUGACCAGGAUUCCUGUGACGGAGGCCGCAGGCGAAGGCGUCCCCAUCCUGGACCACCUGCCCUUCGUGCGAGAAGGCCUCUCCAGGAAGAGCAGCAGGCUUGACCUGUCGCUGGUCGGGGACCUGCUCUCCGGAAAGAGCCUCCCACUGCUGGAGGAGCUGUUCCAGGCGGGCGGGUUGAUCAUAGAAGAUGCCAAAGGACCUGAGGUCACCCUGCAAAUCCUAAGCGACAGCCUGUUCCAGGUCACACUGCAGACUAAACUGUACCUGUCCCUCCAGAGGCCACCAGCCUGUGGCUUCUGGCCUCGACCUUGGGCUGUGGCUUGGAGCGGCCUAGACACGCUGCCCCUGCAGGAUCCUGCGGUUCAGCAUCAUCAAGAACAUUCGCAUCGGGGUACGGCUGGAACAGACAGGGAACAAGACCCGCGUGGCCCUCAACGACUGCCACACCCCACCAGGGAACCUGAGCAUCGAGGUCCUGGAGCACCCUGCCCGAGACCCCCUCCUCUGGCCUCAGUCUCCCCUUCGGUGGCAUCUCAGACCCCACGGCUCCCCUGCCCUAGGAUGAACCCCUUCCUGGUGAACGAAGCUCUAAAGGUGAUAACUGGCGUCCUGGACAAGACGCUGCCUUUCUUCCUGCAGAAGAUGGUGUGCCCCCUGGCCACGACCCUGCUCAACUCGCUGCUGGAGGACGUGUUGCGCAUAACUCUGGCCCCGACCAUCUCGGGCCCAGAAGACUUCCAGUACCAUGUCACCACCACAGAGCUCACGGAGGAGGCCAUCCUGAUGCAGGUCCAGCUCGUGACCCGCUGCGGCCCAGGCCAGAGAGCUCCAAGGCCUGACCACCUGGCCCCCCAGCCCCUCCCAAAAUUAGCCCAGGGCAGCAUGGCGGACCUGGCCUUUUGGCUGGAAGCGUACAAUGACAUCCUGUCCUGCCUCUACACCAGCAAGGAGCUCCUCGUGGACCUCCAGGACUCCACAGUUGGCAGCUCUGAGACAGCUGGAAGUAAACCCUGCAAUUCUACGUCUGCAGAGAUUCUUACAGCAGUGGGCAAGGAUGCGGCCGCCCUCAUUCAGCUGCUGUCACCGAGAGAGCUGGAGCCCGGGCCCGAGACUUCUGCCCAGUCCAGAGGGAGCGUGGGACUGACCGUCAGCACCCCUGACCCUCCCACUGUCUGCCUGGAUGGCCACACGGCCAUGGCCCUCCAGCCGGGCUCAUUGGUGCUGCGGGGGCCCAGCAACACCUCCUCUGUCUCCGUUUCCUGGAAACUCCUUUCAAAGGCCAUGUUUUCCUCAAAAAAUCAGGAAUUAGAACUCCAGUUCACUCCAAACAGCAGCACGGUCGCCCUGGGUCCCCACCCCGCUGGCCUUGCAGGUCAGGAAGAACGUCUGGAGGCCUUGGUCUUGGAGCUUCUGAAGAGGACGUUUCUGCCCCAUCACAACGACGCCUCCGCCCACCCGGACACUGAGCUCCCCGACCUGCCCCUCUCGCAGAGCUGCUCAGAGAGCAAGGCCUCCCGCUGCCCAGCAUCAAGGGCAUCUCCUUCGACCAGGCCCGAAUGGAGCCCUCCGAGGUGCCUGACUGCUGUGCCGGUUACAUCUUACACCACUCCAGGAUUACAUGCUGCUGACCGUCCCGGAGGAAUAGCUGCUUCUCACCGCGGGCCAGCCCCUCCCCUCAGCCCCAAGCGCUCCAGACCCUCGGGGUCCAGGAAUGGCUGCAGCCACAGUGGAAAAUCUCAGCUGCGAUAAAGAUGAUUCUUGCUGGA